AUGGCAGCCAAACAGGGACAAAACAUCGCUAUUAUUGGCAGUGGAAUAAUAGGUCGAAACUGGGCAAUGGUAUUUGCUUCUGGGGGCUACAAUGUAAGAAUUUUCGACAACGACCAAAACCAAAUACGAAGUGCGUUGGUUGCAAUUAAGGAAACGCUGGAGCGAUAUGAAAAGGAUGGGAUUCUAAAAGGCACUGAUUCAGCGUCAGAUCAGAUCACUAGGAUCAGAGGAUGUUCUAGUGUCGAGGAAUGUGUAUCUGGUGCUGCUAUCGUUUUGGAGUGCGUUCCAGAAAGACUGCACAUCAAAAGAAGUGUUCUUGACCAGGUGGAUAGGUAUAUAAAUGACGAUGACGUCAUCCUAGCUAGUUCAUCGUCUGCCAUUUUCGCCUCUGCACUGUCAGAGGGCAUGCAACAUAAACGACAAGUCAUUGUAACCCAUCCGCUGAACCCGCCGUACUUCCUGCCGUUCGUGGAGGUUGUGCCUGCACCCUGGACAGACAAGAGCAUCACUGAACGGACCUGUCAGAUUCUCACUGAUGUAGGGAUGACACCCGCGGUCCUCCAUAAGGAAACUAAGGGAUUUCUUAUCUGUAGAGUCCAGCAUGCAAUUACGGCGGAAUGUUUUAAACUCGUCAGGGAUGGGGUAGUUUCUCCUGAAGAUAUCGACAAACUUAUGCCCCACGGGCUGGGGCGGAGGUAUGCCUUCCUUGGAGCUUUGGAAGCUUCCUAUCUUAACGCUAACGGUAUGACGGACUUCUGCAAACGCUAUGGUGAUACUAUAUAUGACCUCCAGCAGGAUUUCGGUCCUCCAAUUAAGCUAGAGGGCGCACCUUUAGAGAUAAUUGAGGCAGAUUUAACCAAACGAAUACCGUUGGAUCAGAUGCAGGAAAAACGAGACUGGAGGGACAAGAAUCUGGCAGACCUCGACAAGUUUUUAAGCAAAACCAAACCUUAA